CCGGCGCUUUUCAUUUCACACUGCCAUGUUCUAUAGGAGUUGGAAGCGCAAGAAACGCAACUACACAGAAAGAGACUCAUCAUCAUCACACCCACAUCUGAUCUUAUCUCAUCUCAUCUAAUCACAUCACAUGGCGAUGAUGGAUAUUAUAGAGAACCGAACACCGUUAGGGUUUCCGUACUGGAGUCCAGUUCUUCGACAUUUCAGUCCCGACUCUUCCUUUUUUGCAUCAGGCAACAUUGAACGCGAGCUUCUUGCCAAACAGGUUGCAUUGGACAUUAAUGAGGAUGAAAAGCAACAACUUCAAAGUAUGGAAGAUGAGGACAACAGGGAAGUAUUUUGUCCGAUUGUUGGUUGUGGUGCUCGUUUGAAUUCUUUGGAUGUCUUUGAAGAUCACUACAAUGCACGGCACACUGCAUCUUGCUCAGUUUGUUCAAGAGUGUACCCUACAUCACGCCUUCUCAGCAUACAUGUGUCUGAAGCACACGAUUCUUUCUUUCAAGCAAAAGUUGCGCGUGGCUUUGCUAUGUACGAAUGCCUUGUUGACGGCUGUGGUGUGAAGCUGAAGAGCUACAAAAGUCGGCAGCAACAUCUUGUAGACAAGCACAAAUUCCCCACUUCAUUUGAGUUCUUUAAGAAGGCCCACACAUCGAAGAAACAGAGACAGAAGAACCAACGCAAACAAUCAGCUCACAAGAGGGAUGAGGAGGCUUCAAGUGCGAUGCAAGUGGAACAAGAAACCAUUGAUGGCCUUGUUUCAGUGGUCUCAAAGUUGAGUACGUCAGAUGCUUCUCCGUCAUCCAUCAGCUUUGGUCAUCGCCACACUCGUGGCUUUACAUUUGUCCCUCAGGUAGUUCAGCGUGGAAGAAGGCUGGAUUCCUCACCCGCUUGAACAAAGAGAUAGCAAGCAUAUUUGCUGGACAAGUCUUGAUCCUUCAAGAAUCGCCUGGGCUCUCUUACAUGAUCAAUAAACACAAAGCUGGGGUAUUCUGAUAUGGUAGAAAGAUCUUGAAUGCCGAUUUUGAUCGAGUGCUCGUCUCAAGUAGGAAAGCUGAUGCAUAACUUUUUUGAGAGGAGAGAGAGUAUGACAGCGAGCGCCUGGGUGCAAACUGCAACUGUCAAAACCAUUGCAUGUUUCCUACUGUAUGAGUUGUGUCUUGAGGACUUUGAGGCAUUGUCAAGAAUUAAGGAUUGUUUGGCUUGAAAUCAAGACCCUUCCUGAGUUGUUUUAUUUAUUUAUUACUGAAAUGGUAUUUUUAUAUAUUUAUUUGUGUGAGUAUGAUUUUGUUUGAUAUA